AUGAGUACCGUAACUCAAAUUCCGCGGUUGCACAAGGUUGGCAACACCUGGGAGCUAUUGGUCGAUGGCCAGCCAUACCUGAUUCUUGGAGGCGAACUACAGAACUCCUCUCUGAGCUCCUAUCGUUACAUGGAUACGGUAUGGGAUAAGAUCUCCAGAACUGGCGUGAAUACUGUCUUGGGUGGAGUGGGCUGGGAAGAAAUCGAGCCUGAGGAGGGUUCCUUCGACUUCACCAAUCUGUCGACCGUCAUAGAAGGCGCAAGAGAACACGACAUUAGACUGAUCCUUCUCUGGUUUGGCUCUUGGAAGAAUGGCAAAUCCACCUAUGCGCCAUCUUGGGUGAAGAGAAAUCCAGAACGGUUCCCUAGAAUGUACUACAAAGACAAGUUUGGACGACCAAAGAACUCUGGUGUUUUAUCCGUCUUCAGCAACGAGUGCUCUCAAGCCGACGCGAAGGCAUUUUCAAAGAUGCUGGACUUCAUUGCAGAGAACGAUAAACAGCGCACAGUUAUUAUGGUUCAGGUGGAAAAUGAGCCAGGCUUUCAUCACUCUGCUCGUGACCACAGUGCUAUCGCAACGAACCUUUUCUCCAGCAGUGUGCCACGAGACCUGGUCAACUUUCUAACUGAGGACUGGAACGCCUUACAUCCGCACCUCAAAGAGAAUCUUGCCAAGUUUAAAACCUCGGACUUCACGAAAGAAGGAUCUUUGCCGAGCUGGGAGGAUACCUUUGGAGUCAGUGUGUGGACAGAUGAACUGUUCAUGGCAUACCACUAUGCCCUGUACGUUGAACGCGUAGCAUCCGCUGGCCGAGAGAGGUACAGCUUGCCCCUAUACACCAAUGUCUGGUUAGCGGGACCGAGUGAACAAGGCAUCGGUCCAGCAACCGGAGGAGCAAAACCAGGAGAGUAUCCAUCCGGUGGCGGUGUCAGCACGGUCCUUGACAUUUGGCAAAAGUUUGCACCAACAUUGGAUUUCAUCGCCCCGGAUCUUUAUCACGCUCAAACCGAUGAAGAAUGCGAGAUCUAUAAGCACAAGGGCCAGGCUUUGUUCAUCCCUGAGCAGCGCCGAGAUGACUUUGGUGGACGAAGACUGUGGGUUCCAAUCGGUAGUCACAAGGCAUUGGGGACGAGUCCUUUUGGUAUUGAUACUCAAACUGCAAGCGAGCUUGUCCUUGCCGAGUCUUACCAGCUGCUUGGCUCUGUGGCCUCACACGUUCUUGAGGCACGAAGAAAAUCCAAAAAGAUAGUUGGCAUUGCAUUCGAGCACCCUCCUCCUGCGGGCAUGAAAGACCCAACGCCUGCCGUGAAGGUGCGCUGGACAGCAUAUGAGCUUACGAUCAGCCGGGCCUUUACUCUGGGGAUACAGGGGCCAGGGUAUGGCCUAGUCAUAGAGCAGAGCCCUACGACAUUUCUCCUGAUAGGCAAAGGAUUCAAAGUCGAAUGGAAGUCCAAUGACAAAAAUCUCGCCUAUACGGAUAUCAUUCGUUUUACUGAGAAAAGUGUUUCAGCAUCUGGUGCUCUGACGUCAGAAAGAUGGCUCAAUGGUGAUGAGACUCAACACGGAGCAUUCGCAAACAUGCCGAAUAACCGCCCUGACCAGGGGGAAGAAUGGGUGCCUGUAACUAUACCUGCUCGAACCGCAAUUGCUGAGGUUGAAGUUUUCAGUAUUGAGGACUAA